CGAAUUUUUGGUUUUAUAUGAUUUCGAUCAUUUUCUACGUCAUCCAUAUUAAUUAAAACGAAAGAUGGAUUAAUUAGGAAUAAAAUUAGGCGUUUGUCCGUUAUCUUUAUAGCCCCAAAAACAGCCUCGAGCUAUUUGUAUUUUAGCUCAAAAUCCAAGAUGGCGGCUACGAAUCGCUCGAGGCUGGAUUUUCGCGAUUACUGAGUAAACGCCUGCAUCACAGGCUGAUUUGGAUAGGAGACGCUCCUUUGAUGUAGCGAAAAAAGAUAGCUACAUCUCAAAUGUCUUCCUAGAGGCUUUACGGAAUCCUGACACAGGAGGCGACUGCAGGACUGCUACGCGCCGGCGAGGGACAGGUGAUCCUGGCUUCUUACGUCAAGAUGGUGGAAUCUGCAGGGGCGAGAGCUGCUCCGAUAUUCGUUGAUAGAACCCCUGAAGAGAUCGAGAAGAUGUUUCACUCAGUUAGCGGGGUUGUAUUUCCCGGUGGACAUAUCAAGCUAAAUGCUUCUAGAUAUGCCGCUGUUGGAAAGCAGAUUCUGGAGUUGGCCAUAAAGGAAAACCUUAAAGGGGAAGUGUUCCCUGUGUGGGCGGAGUGCCUUGGCCUGGAGCUCAUAUCUAUGAUAAUAUCAGGAGUGUCACUUAAUCACGGACAGUACAAAAACAACCUCUUACACUACACCGAUGCUAGAAACCUCCUCCUGCCGCUUAAGCUAACGCCUGAUUUUCGACAGAGUAAGCUAUUUGGUACAGCGUCCCAGCAACUUAUCGAUCACAUUCAGUCCCACCCAAUAGCGUACAAUAAUCACAUCAAGGGCAUAUCUCCCAAGAAAUUCCAUCGAUACAAAAGACUAAGCAAUAUGUUCAGGAUUGUUUCAACAAACGUAGACAGACAAGGUUCCGAGUUUAUAGCCACACUUGAAGGAAGAGAAAUGCCGCUGUUCCUGUUUCACUGGCACCCUUCCAAGCCCAUGUUUGAGUGGUCCACUGAGAAGGUGUUCUCGCACUCCCAGGAGGCGAUAUGGCUAGGGCAACAUGUUGCCGAUGUCUUCAUAAAUCAAGCUCGGCAAAGCGGCCACCGGUUCCCAACACGCAGGGAAGAGGCAAGAGCUCUUAUCUACAACUACCCAGUGACGUACACAGGGGUAGAGACCACCUUCAUGCAAGCCUACUUCUUCCAGAUGACCAAUAGAAACGCGAGUGCAUUGCCUUAGUAAAGUUCACAUUGCAACGUUAGUAUGGGAGAAAAAUAUGGCAAAAAAAUUUAGAGAGGAAUAGAAAAAAGAGUAGAGGAGGAUAGGCUAGCAAAAUAUAACAACACCUUAGUGGGGGUGGGACACAGGGGGUCCCCCCCCCCCAAUAUUUUCCAAAAUUAAAAAAAAUGACCAUUUGGGGCGUGGCUGUGCAACCCAUUGAUUUUUUAAUGUUUCUGUAUCGUGAAGUAUCCUCCAGGCCCGGGAAACGACUAUAAGAUUCGCUUAUUCACUGAUCAUGGGCUUAAAAAUUAUAAGGAAAAGACCAGAAGGGGUGUGGCUGUGCCCCCAAUAUUUUCUUAAUGUUUCUGUAUCGUGCCCUGCCAAAGCUUUGUAUAAAGAGUAGAAAAGAGAGUAAAGGAUAAUCACAGGAGAUAAGCUACAAAAUAUAAGGAGUAAUAGAAGAAAGGGGGACUGCACUGUGCUUUGUUGCUUUUGUCUUGAAUAACCUAUAAUAUUUUUGACAACACAAUAGAUGGUAAUAGUGUAAAAUAAAGUGUAACAUAAAUUAAAUCAAACAAAAAAAAGAAGAUCCUGCAAAAGCCACAUAAAGUGGGCAUGAGUUUUAUUUUAUCUUAAAUAAUGACAAUUUAACAGGCUUUGAAGAAAUGCACAAAAGUAUGUUUAAAACAGACACUCUCUUGUAUGUUCUGAACAGGAACAGAAGAUCUAAAAUUGGAUUAAUAAAUAUCAUUGUCACAAA